AUGCCUGUUGCUACGAAAAGGAAAAGAUCUAGGAAGACGACAUUCAAAACAAAUCCUUACCCAGUUCAAGAGACCAAAACCAUACAGCAAAGUACUUCUAACCCAUUUACAUUCGGUCCUGAUUUGAAAACAUCGAGUUUUAGUAAUAGACAAAACAUUACAAAUGGUGGAAACCCUGUUUUUCAAUUUCAUAUUCCAAAUGUUGACCCCCAUAAAGCAACGCUUCUCAAUGACGAAGUCGACAUGUAUUUUCCUAGGAAACACUUUCUUUCUAAGUAUCAGAUGCUGAAUGACCUCUUGGAAAACAUUAUCAUAAAGCCUAUACCUACUGAUAAAAUUAUACCUCCACGGCUAUUCCCUAUUGCAUUUGUGGAUGGAAUGCCAUAUGAGAAAAAAAGGGCUGAAUUAUUGAAAGAUGUCUCGGAAAUAGCCAAACAUAAAUCCCAAGACGACCUAGUAGAUCUCAAGAACGAUGAAAAGAGUCAAGAUGCAAAUCUCACUUUGGACCAAACAAAAAAUGAAAUUAAAACGGAAAUAGAGGAUAACAAAGAAGCUGCGCCAAAACUGAAUUCUGGAGUGGUAACUGAUUUCAACACUACACAAGAGCGUAAGAAGGAAGAGAAUAAAACCGAAGUUUCUAAAGAUGGGAAGAACAACUCAAAGAAUGACUCAGGAAAGUAUGAUGUAAACCUAAAGAAUGAGGACGGAACAAGAGCAUUUGUCAAAGAUAUAGAAGACGAUUUAAGUGACUAUGACCCUGAUUUUGACGGCUACCAAAUCCCUUAUCCGAAAGAUUCUACUGAAACCAAAAAAGUUAUCAAUGACUAUCUAAAGUCUCGUAUGAAAAUCAAAGUUCGAACUGAUUUUCUUUUUGGAGAUUUAGAAACAAUGAAAAUGCAAGAGUAUUCGUUGGCCGAGAUCGAAAAAGAGACACAGCAAAAAGGACAGGAACCUUUUGAGUUUGGUGAGAGGUUCAACUAUAACAUGAAAGCGAUAGAUGAUUUACAUCAAACAUUUCUGAGCUAUACUGCCAACUCUAUUGAAGAAUGUGAGAACAAAGUAAGUGAAAUAGAAUCAGACUUGAAAUCUAAAUUCAAAAAGAGAUUUGUAGAUUCAAAUGAGAAAAAUCAGUUCAAAACACAAGCCUUUGAUUCAUUCAAAACAGGAUUAACUGUUGAAGAUUACAAUAGCCAAUUCAAGAAGGUAAGUUUGCAGGCGAACGAUAUACCCCAAAAUUUAUCAUCGGCAUUAUCGCUGCAGACAAACGCAUCAUCUAUCGUUAGAGGAGAGAAUUCUGACGUUAAGAUCGACCGCAACCCAGGGGCAAGUCCGACUUCUCAAAUUCUAAUUGAACCACCAGCUUCUAUCUCAUUUAGCCCACGCGAUUUAGUAGCAACAAAUGAAGAGGCGACGUUGGUAUCGACGUCACAAAAUCAAGAACAAAAUAUCUCGCCGUCAUUGCCGCUAGCGCAUGGCGAUACUGCUGUUGCUGAUCAGAUAUCUGGUCAAGGCUCUAUGGAUUUGGUACCGCAAGAUCCUUCCGAGAUCAAUGACCAUGUCUCGGAUGUUGAAAAAGGCUCUCAAGAUUUGGUUACUGAUCUUACUAAAAAGACCUCUAACAACGAUAUGAAUAACUUCCUAAAGUCUCAGAAUAACUUUGACUUUGAGAACGAAAUGCUUUAUGAUUCCGCUGACUUUAAUAAUGAUGAUAAUGAUGAUGAUUUUGGAUCAUUGAGCAACGAAGUUUUUCUUAAUAUGUAG